AUGGCCUCAUCGGGCCUGCGCCGGACAGUUCACGCGACCAUGAGUGGUCUCUCUACUGUGUCUGCCGAUCUGGCCAGAGCAGCCAUCAACCUCCCAUCAUCGUAUUCUGACUAUGUCGCGUCCAACACUUCCUCAGUCUCGAGUGUCGAAACGAGCCUGCGGUCCCUGACCUACCUUCUCCCUGGCACAAAGUACCAUGACUCUGAACUGGCGUCUGAAGCAGUGCAUACUUCUGUGCAGUUGUUGUCCAUCUACCACGACCACCUACUGAGGAAUCGCGCCGCCCUUGCCGCCUUGUCGCCCACUGCUAUCAAGGCAGGCAAUGGAAAAGGCCAGAGGCCAAAACUCUCGCUGCAUGCACGGUAUACAAUGUUCUGGUCAUCGACUUUUCCACUAUACACCAAGAUUGCGACAUUAUUGAAGAUCGCACAGUAUACCGAAUUGCUUUGGGAAAUGAUUGCACGGCGCAGGGGCGGGGAAAGAACGAGAUGGCGGGUAGUGGUCCUGCUCGAGACCUUCAAGGCUGUUUGUCGACUCUUAUUGAUGCGCCUCACCGGUUCACGACCGCUCGUCAGCCCACCAAUGCCAUUGAGAGAGGACUUUGCACCAGUGGGCUCGGAAGACGAGGAGGAAAUGUCAGAAGAAGAGCUCAAGGUGACCCAAGAUGGAGAUUCAUUCGAUGUCAAAGGUGUCUUGGGCAAUGCCGGCGUUCUGACGCCACCGCUGUCGGACGCUGGCAAGCCCACUUCUUCCUUGUCCACUACCGAGCCCUACACCAUGCCGCGUACAGGCUUCACUCUCCCAAGCUUGCCAACACCAGACGCCGUGUCGUCGUAUCUGCUCCGACAUGUCCUCACGGCUGAUGAUGUCAAACCAGCCAAGGAGCUGCUCCAUAAACUGGCCACCCUCCGGGGUCAGGCUGCCGAAGUCAUGUACAUUCUUCGACCUGUUGUGUAUGCACUGUUGAUGCAGAGGGUGGCUCGCACCUACGGAUAUGAAGGGUCAAAGUGGAAGCGGCAGUGGACACCGUGGUUGAUGGGCAUCACCAUUGAGUACCUGGCACGACAACUUGCCAAGCAGGACCUGGUGUCACGCGUGCCGGGAGGCUCCAGGACUGGACUGUCGGCCCUGGAACGAGAGGAACUUCGGAAAAGGGGAUGGCAACUCGCUUGGUGGGGCAUGCGAGGUGCCUUUUAUGAGAAUAUCACCAAGAAGUGGGUGCACGGGGUAGCCGCCGCGUUGAAAGGCAAGCCCAUUCUUGACUUGGUCGCCGGUGUCGUUGACGAGUACGAGUUCCUCUGGAGCAAUUACUACUUCAGCACGUCGACAUUGUGA